UAGGAAGUGUAUGCUUGUUGUGUCUCACCUUCUAUCCUUCCUUCUGUUUUAGGAUUAUAAACAAACAAUGUUAUUAAAAUUAUCGAAUCUUUUGUUCUUUGAGAGACGAAUUUCAGCGCUCAUUGGUUCAUCAUUAAGCCAGUCAAAGUGAUUAGGAGUUGACCUUGAUAAAACUUUAGGGAUGUAGCAACUAGUGAAAGAGAAAUAUUAUAUAACUUAUACAUCUGAUUAACGCUACACUUUAUUCAUUCAGAAUAUUCACAGAAAAUGUUUUAUGAUACGAAAUGGAUUUAUUCGAUAAUUUUCAACUAUGUUUAAUAAAACAGAUAUUUUCAUACUAGUGACCAGUUUCUAUUUUUAUCUUCUAUUGGAUGCUGGAGUGUGUUUGAAUAACGCUUUUGGUCGCUGUGAUACAAGACAUAACAUUCAUCCGGAUUCAGUCGCUUGUCCAAAAAAGUCAUGUAGCCAACAUAUUGACUGUUGGGUCACAUAUGGCCCACCUCAACGUUGUGUCUGUGAUCCAAUUUUGUGUGGGUCUGUGUGUCUACCAGAGAGUGCAAAAUGUCCGGAGCCUGCACCAUUGCUCAACGGAUACACCUUAUUCAAUGAUACAGAUGUUGGAGAUAUUGUAGAAUACACUUGCAAAUCAGGUUUCACUGUGCGAGGACAACGGAAACGGCACUGUUUAGCAACUUUAAAAUGGAGUGGAACUCAGCCAACCUGCAGUAAUCAAACUGAAACUUGUUUCAGCCCACCAGCUAUUCUAAAUACACGAAUUAUUUUCAAGACUCAGAAUGGCACAGAGAAAAUUCGUGAUGAUUUUCGAUCAGGAGAAACAGUGAAAAUUGAAUGUAUUCCAGGUUACAAGGAUGCUGACAGGGAGUAUACUGAAGCAUCAUGCAUUGGAAUAGAUUGGCAUUAUUCUGAAUUGAAGUGUGAGCGAGUGACAUGCGGCUUCAUAAAUGAACCGAACAAUGGAUACAUCCAGUAUAAAUAUGAUCAGAGUUUUCAGGCAGAAGCGACAAUAUCUUGCUCCGAGGGCUAUAAAGUGGUGUGUGAUACAGAGGAUAUUGUAGAAUAUACUGAGUUUCUUUUAUUGAUAGGUUGCAAACGUGUUUGCUUGGAGAAUGGGACAUGGUCAGGCAAAGAAGCCCUCUGUAAAGCUAUAACUUGUCCAGAACCACAGUUGAUAUUGAAUGGAAAAAUUGCUGUUAGUUCACUUAAAGUUAACGGGACAGUUGUUUCUGAGUGUGACAGUGGCUAUGAACUUCAUGGUUCAUUUCGUCGAAUAUGUCAGACCAACGGAAGGUGGAGUGGACAGGAGCCAUAUUGCAAAAAAAGAGACUGUGGCCCGCCACCUCAAAUACAGAAUGGAGAAGUAUCAUUUAUUACGACAACUUAUGGCAGUAAGGGAACAGUUACAUGUGAAGUUGAUACGACUUUGUCUACAGAAGAUAAUGAGAUCAUAUGUGGAGUGAAUGGAACGACUACUAUGUGGAAUCCUCAUCCAUUUCCACAGUGCUACCGACAUUGCUAUUUAUUUACUGUUGAACAUGGAGAUGUUUACCUAAUUCAUCGAGGACCCAAAGGGGAUGUACAGUUAAUCCAAAUCACUACUGCUGAGACUGGCAUCAUUGAUGAUACACAAAAGCAGUCAGUGAAUACAAUCUCAGAUGGUAAAAUUCUUCCAGGAGGAAAAGUUAGACAUGGUUCAGAAUUAAAUGUCACCUGUCAGACGGGGUUUGCAUUAGUUAAAUCAAAUCAACCGAUUACUGUUUGUCAAAAUGGAGUCUGGAGUGUUCGAAGCAAGUGCGUGCCAGCUCCCUGCAGAAGACAACCACCUGUUUAUACGGGUGCAAGAGCAAGAUUUUACAGUUUGAAGCACAAUUCGAUUGCAAGAUACGAACCAUUUCCUGGGUACCUAAUGCGAUCUGAUUUAGAAGAUACGAAUCAGUUGGAUAAGAUGAAGACAAAUGGUGAUCCUAAAGGCGUUUUGCGUUGUUUGUAUGGUGAAUGGUUUGGAGUUCCUUUGAAAUUUGAACCAAUGCAAUGUUCACAUAUUAGCAUACAAGAACCACUCAAAAUGAAGACGAUAACAGAUGGGAAAUUACUUGAAGCUAACACUUCAACAAGUAGUUUCAAACAAGGAGCAGUUUUAAUAUUUUCAUGUCCUGAAGAGUAUUACUUAGACGGUCCUAAAUAUAUUACAUGCCAUGUUGGACAAUGGACACCGAAGCCAAUAUCAUCAUGCAAACAAUCACCUCCUAUAUCAACAAUACAAAGAUGGUUAUUUGCUUUGAUUUAACGUAGUGUAUAGCUCUUUACUACAGGUGUGUUUAUUUAACUGCUUAAUUUAUUUUCAUAAAUUCGUUCAUAACAAGUGUAAUUCAAUCAUGUCUUCAUUUCAAUCGACAGUGUUCAUCAGAAAACCAUCGACUGUAUGAUAAUUGGUGACUAUUUAUCAUACCAUCCAAGGAUUGUUUUAAAGCUUUCACCUUGUUUUCUUCUACUGGCUUCAAGAAUUUUUUCUAUGACACUUCUGAAAUUGAUUUUUGAUACUUAUAGUAUAGUGAAAUGUAGAAAGUCAUUUAAUGUUGUGAAAUUAAAACUUAUGGUUGAAUUACUAAUAGUCUGAAUAAUAUAAGGGAAGGCAAAAGACUGGAAAUCUAGAAAUGUUUCAGAAAAUCGAUACUACUACCACUUAGAGAUAGUCACACAAAACUUUAAUUAUGAAUUCAUAUUGACUGAGUAUUCAUCACCACCUUACUUCUAUUCAACUUGCUCUUCAUAACUUGAUCUGCUUCAAAAAUAAUCUUUUAUUGUCACUAGUCUUCACUUCAUUUUUAUUUCCAAGUGCAGAUUCUUACAUUGUAAAUGUUACAUAUGUGCAUGAUUACAAAUUUUUUUCACUAUGUUGUGUAUGGAUGAACAAUAAUGGGACUGUUUUUGACUUACUUCUCAAUCUGCCCUCUGAAGUUGUGCUUUCCUUUCGUAAUCAUUAUAUUUUACAAUAAAAAAACGUGAAUAUUUCAGCUUGAAGUCUAAAUUUCAUAUUCAUUUCCUUGGGAAGCAAAUUUUUAAAGAUACAUAAACAUUGGAGAGUACUAAGAAAUAUUUAUUGUUUUC